AUGACGAAAGUCGUGGUGGCUCUCUUCUUAGUGGACCUUGCCGCUCGUAGAACAUGGGCGGUGGCUGAGGGGCAGAGUGCCACAGCGACUUUCAAGCUCGGCAAAACAGUGGUGUGGGAGGUCUGGCGCUCCCAAAAAGGCGCAGCAACCCUCGUAUCGGUGCGGCCGCACAAACCUAAGGAGACUAAGCGAUCAAAGCCGAGAUAG